UUGCAGUUCAAAAAAUUAAGAUCUCGAUCUUAAAAUAUUGGCGGGGACAUGGCCGGAAUUAACCAAAUUGCGAGGACAUUCCACAGAGAUGCUGAGAGAGAGAGAGAGAGAGAGAGAGAGACAGAGAGUGAAGUGAGAGGCAGAGAGUUGGAGGAACUAGGGUUUGAAUCGUGACCCUCCAACCUCUAACUCACUGGGUCACUGGAAAAUGCUUCUUCUAUAAUCAAAGUUUUGCUGUACGAAUCACGAAAGCUGAUAAUGUUGUGACAAAUCCUCGAUAGACAGUACUUCUAGAUCUCUACAGGAAAAAAAGAACAAUGUCCCACCACAGCGCCGUUGCACCUCCGCCACUCCCCUUGGUCGUAACCCUAAACUGCAUCGAAGACACCGCCUUCGAGCAAGACUGCCUAGCCGGCGCCGCCGUCGUCGAGCACGUGCCUCUGUCCCGCCUCGCCGAGUCCAAGAUCGAGUCGGCCGCCGCCGUCAUCCUCCACUCCCUCUCCUUCCUCCCGCGCGCCGCCCAGCGCCGCCUCCGACCGUGGCAGCUAGUCCUCUGCCUCGGCUCCGCCGACCGAUCCGUCGACUCCUCCCUCGCCGUUGACCUCGGCCUCCACCGCCUCGUCCACGUCGACGUAUCGCGUGCUGAGGAGGUGGCGGAUACGGUCAUGGCGCUCUUUCUAGGGCUUCUUCGUCGCACUCACCAGCUCUCUCGCCACGCGCUGUCGGCUUCCGGAUGGCUCGGCUCGUUGCAGCCGUUGUGCCGAGGGAUGCGGCGGUGCCGCGGGCUUGUGUUGGGGAUAAUUGGCAGAUCUGCUUCGGCGAGGUGUUUGGCUACUCGGAGUUUGGCGUUCAAGAUUAGUGUGCUUUACUUCGAUGUUCGUGAGGAAAACGAGAAGCUGAGUAGAUCCUCAACAAUAUUCCCUCCUGCUGCCAGGAGAAUGGAUACCCUCAAUGAUUUACUUGCCGCUAGUGACCUUAUUUCUCUACACUGUGCUUUGACGAAUGAGACGAUUCAAAUUCUUAAUGCAGAAUGUUUGCAGAAUAUCAAGCCUGGGGCAUUUCUCGUGAACACGGGUAGCAGCCAGCUGUUGGAUGACUGUGCUGUAAAACAGCUUCUGAUUGAUGGUACCCUUGCAGGCUGUGCUCUGGAUGGUGCUGAAGGGCCACAAUGGAUGGAGGCAUGGGUAAGAGAGAUGCCCAAUGUAUUGAUACUUCCCCGCAGUGCAGAUUAUAGUGAAGAAGUGUGGAUGGAGAUAAGGGAGAAAGCUAUUUCUAUAUUGCAGACAUUCUUCUUGGAUGGUGGUGUUCCAAAGAAUGCUGUAUCUGAUGAGGAGGAUGUGGAAAGUGAGAUAGGCUAUGAAAAUGAACAAGGUGAUAAACACGAGAAUGAAGGUGCCCUUCAGGGUUCGUUUAGCAAGCAAUUGACAGCUGAUACCAACGUAACUACGGAAAGCUCCCAGAGAAAGAGCACUAAUGAAUCGAAGGAGUCUCCUGUCCAGCAUCAGGGGUCAGCUUUGUCUCAAAAUACUUCUUCUCGAUCUGAAGGAAAGCGCAGCAGAUCAGGUAAGAAAGCUAAAAAGAGGCACGCCCGCCAAAAAUCCCUGCAGAAAUCGGAUGAUACUUCUGCAUUAGAGAAAGAGAGUACUUCACGGCGAGAUGAUGAUACUGCAAUGAGUGGUACAGAUCAAGUCUUGAGUUCCAGUUCAAGGUUUGCUUCCCCUGAAGAUUCGAGAAGUAGGAAAACACCGAUUGAAUCCAUACAAGAAUCGUCUUCUGAACAAAAUUUAAAAACAAGCAUGAGCCUGAGCAUAAAGUCUGGUGAACUGCUGAAGGAUGGUUAUGUUAUAGCUUUGCAUGCGCAAGAUCGACUUGCCCUUCAUGUUUCCAGGCAAAGAGUUCAAGGCGGUGGUUGGUUUCUUGAUACCAUGUCAAAUGUAACAACAAGAGAUCCAGCAGUGCAGUUCCUUGUUGUAUUCAGAAGCAAGGACACAAUUGGUUUGCGAUCUUUUACUGCUGGUGGAAAGUUAUUGCAGAUAAAUAGAAGAAUGGAAUUCGUAUUUGCAAGUCACAGCUUUGAUGUUUGGGAGAGUUGGACUCUAGAAGGUUCAUUGAAGGAAUGUAGACUGGUCAAUUGUAGAAAUCCCUUGGCUGUUUUGGAUGUACGUGUUGAGAUUCUUGCUACUGUAGGGGAAGAGGAUGGGGUUACUCGCUGGCUCGAUUAGGUUGCGAAACAUUUGAGGUUACAUACUUGUUUUUUAUUUUGGCUCGAGGUUUGUAAUAUUUGCAGAGUUGUAAAGCAUUGGAUUUUCACACUGAGUGAGUCAGGGUUGUGUGUAUUCAUGUGGAGAUUAAUCCACCUUAUUUUCCUUUUCUUUUC